AUGACACUCGCUUUCAUGCUCAUACCCUUUCAGCGCCUCUUUGAUGAGGCGCCCGGCUUAUCUGGUGCCCUGGAUCUGCUAGCUGAACUGCCUUGGCAUCAAUUGCGCUCUUCCAACCGAGCUAGUUUGGCAAGUCUAUUUUCUGGCUUCAUUACCUACUAUGCACAUCGGUUUGACUACUUCCGCGAUGCCGUUUCCGUGAGAAAUGGUGCUCCUCUGCCUGUGAUUGUAUGUCUGAAUGCCUUACCGCCACAGGACAGACAAGCCACUGCCAGAGCCUAUAAGGUGUUUGUCGAAGGUGUGUUUAUCUUUGGACUUAUACAUUUAAACUAA